GCCGGUUACCACCCCUGCCCAUGCUUUGUCCGAGAUUGAAGAUUCUAUGCAUCAUGAUCACCAAAACCUGCACCAACCACUGAACAAUCCCAUUAUACACAACCAACGACGCUCGCUUCAAGCAAAUGGCGAAAACCACAAGCAUACCCUGAAGCAGCACACCGGCAAAUGCGGCGCAGGGCGGUUGUGUCUGUUCGAAUUCAGUCCCUUUCAGUACCACUCCCGCAUUGAAUAUGACCACCACCAUGACCCAGACUCCUGAACCCCGUAUAUUCACACAUCGAUCCGUGUCCCCUCUGAAGGGCGUAAAUGAAACCUCCGGUCAUGAAAGGUUCCCUUCCUUUGAUCACAGCACCCCUCCAAACCUCCACGUCAAUUCUUCCGUCGUCGCGGAAAGCCCUCAAGAACUCACUCCAACACCACACCUCAAUGGCGAGUUGAAAUGGCCGGUCAGAAAGAUGAGCCAGAGGCUGCGCGAUGCCCGGCCUGCAGGAGUAUACACACAUAGGUCCAGGCGAAGCGUCAGCGAUGCGAUUCACAGGAUCCGUACACGACAAGGGAGUGUGAGCGAGAAUGCGCAAGAAUUGGCUGAGGCGUUGAAAGCUCCAGUCUCCUACAAACUGAUUGCACUGUGCAUCAUCUGGUACAUGACCUCUGCCUUGACAAAUACAUCCUCCAAAUCGAUAUUGAACGCCUUUCCCAAGCCAGCCACCCUCACAAUCCUCCAGUUCGCCUCGGUCUCGAUUUGGUGCUUGAUUCUGACGAGCUUGUCAUCUCUUUUCCCAUCAAUCAAAAAAAGUAUACCUGCGCUGAAGAACGGUCUCCGACAACCUUCAUGGGACGUCAUGUACACGGCAUUUCCUCUUUCGAUUUUCCAAUUGCUCGGCCACCUCCUAAGCUCAUAUGCGACAUCCAAAAUCCCAGUCUCUCUGGUUCACACAAUCAAGGGUCUUUCACCAUUAUUUACCGUGUUGGCAUACCGAAUAGUGUUCCGGAUACGUUACAAGCAAGCUACAUAUUUAUCGCUCGUCCCACUUACAGUCGGAGUCAUGUUAGCAUGCUCCACCGAUUUCUCCACGAACUUUUGGGGGAUCAGUGCCUCCUUGGUCGCAGCCAUUGUCUUUGUGACGCAGAACAUAUUUUCAAAGAAGCUAUUCACUGAAUCAGCGCGAGCAGAAGCAGAGGGCCAAACACAUCUCCCCCGCAAACUGGACAAGCUCAACCUCCUAUGUUAUUGCUCAGUUGGAGCAUUCAUGCUCUCUGCGCCGGUCUGGAUUUACACCGAAGGCUUAGAAAUCAUGCGAGACUUUUGGAAGGACGGGUCAAUUGAUCUUGACGAAAAGAGAGGGACUUUGGACCACGGGCAGCUAGCUCUGGAAUUCAUCUUCAACGGAAUCUUCCACUUUCUCCAGAACAUCAUGGCAUUUGUCCUGCUCUCCAUGUUGUCUCCGGUCUCGUACUCGGUGGCCUCAUUGAUCAAGAGGGUAUGGGUUAUCGUUGGUGCGAUUAUUUGGUUCCGGAGUUCGACCACGUCCAUCCAAAUGGUCGGUAUCGCGCUCACAUGUUUUGGCCUUUACCUCUAUGACCGGACAAGUAUGGAGGAUGCCGCGGAACGAAGGACUCGAACCGAUCAUUUCCGUCACAAACAUACGCCACUAUUGCCUGUUGCCGAAGUGAAGACCCCAGGUCACCACGAUGGGCCCCAAACAAACGACGACUAUGUAAACGAGAUGUCGGAUUUGCAUCCAAAGAGAGAUGAUAGCCGGGGUCGGCAACACGAUUCAAACUUCAUCUCUGGCUGGCUUCCUCCUGGCACAAAACAAGAAAGUACCUGGGCGGCCGGGGACAAAGAUGUAAAGCAAUAACAACUAGAUGGAUGUAUCACUACAGGAAUGACAUAGCGAAGGUGUUUUUGGAGUCGACGGGCGAUCUGUUACUGGAUUCCCAGGGACCUCUGCGGGCGGGACUUUUUCGGCGACCAAUAUAGACAAACCGGGCAGGAUGGCUGUUCACGACCAAUAAAGGCCCGAAAAGGAGAAAUGAAAAACGAAAAUGGAGGGUAAUAUGCACUUCAGGUCUGUCAUUGUAUCUCGAUUCUGGGGGAAAUGUAGCAGCCGUCGGUAAGGGAACCGAAGCAUCAUGGAAAUUUCUGUAUUUUCAUAGCACGCUCCAGCUACGGCGCGAUGAUUCAUGAUCUUGAUCUAGGAUCAUGUAGCAGAGGAGAAAGAGAUUUGUGCAUGCAAAAGUGUGUGCAGCCCUGGCU